GCCAGAAAGAGUGAGUUACUUUAGUUCGGUUAUUUUGUGGGUGUAGAACGCGUUUGACACGCCUGCGGACGCGACUUGCAGACGUUCUGGAGGGCUAUCGCAACGAAACUCCAUCUGCUCCUCCUACCACCCCUUAUUCGUCUCCAGAGAAACCUGCUCGUCUCACAUCAGUCGUAUCGCCCCUUCCCGCGAACGAUGCUAUUCGAGAUGUAUUCUCCUCCGCUCCACGUGGUGGUUAUUCCCCCAUGCCAUCACCUAGCAAACGGAGGCGCUCUGACUUUGAUCGAGAAACUGAAAAGGGUACUAUAUCAGAUGAGGAUUCGGACGUUGAGAUGAGGAUCGAAGAUCAAGGAGGAGUGAUAAGCACUGUUGCCACUGACGGCAGUCUGGGCAAGCGUGCUAUGAGGCCCAUGAAACCCUUGCGACAGCCUUCGAAGAGUUUGAUGCCAAAAACACAUCCCGCGGCAGAAGUAAUAGGCUUACUGAGAUUUCAUGGCAAGGCGGAUAUUGUAACCUCGAAAAUCGGUCUGUCGGGUGAAGGUGGGUCCACCGCAUCCGACGAUUCGCCCCUGUAUUCUAUGAAUCUGUGAUGGCGCGGAGGCCUUUAUGGAGAGCUUGAGCGGUCGUUUUUGCCAUUGUAUUAUUUAUGGCCUGAUGUCGUAUUAAUUUAUUUUUGUACUACCAGUGUACCCGUUCGUACCUACACCUUGAAGUGCAUCGAUGAAUCGUUGGUCGUUUUAAUCAC